CAUAAAGGUUUUUGAUGGUCAUUCAUCACAUCUCAUAGAAAAAAUAUGAACUUGAUAAAAUAUUUAGUUUCAAAUUUCUUUGGUCCAAAAAUGUGGAUGGUCUUUCUUCUUAUAAUUUGUGGUUUGGUUGAGGGAACUCAAUCUGCCACAAUGACAUCUCAUCAACUUCAAAUGGAAGCAAAUGCUAUAUUAAAUAGUGGAUGGUGGAACACUUCUGAUGCAAACUUCAAUAUCUCUGAUCGUUGUCAUGGGCAUGGUAUAUUUUGCAACGAUGCUGGAAGCAUAAUAGCAAUUAAGAUAGACUCUGAUGAUUCUACAUACGCUGCCUGGGAGUAUGAUUUUAAAACACGCAACUUGUCUACUCUCAACUUGGCUUGUUUCAAAAAUCUAGAAAGCCUUGUUCUAAGAAAAAUUACACUAGAAGGGACUAUCUCAAAAGAAAUUGGUCAUCUCUCUAAACUCACUCAUCUUGAUUUGUCUGCCAAUUUUCUUGAAGGUCAGCUACCUCCUGAAUUGUGGUUGCUAAAAAAUCUCACUUUCUUAGAUCUAUUUAACAAUAGAUUCAAAGGUGAGAUACCUUCUUCACUAGGAAAUCUCUCCAAGCUCACUCAUCUUAACAUGUCUUACAAUAAUCUUGAAGGUCAGCUACCUCAUUCACUAGGAAACCUCUCCAAACUCACUCAUCUUGAUUUGUCUGCCAAUAUUCUUAAAGGUCAGCUACCUCCUUCACUAGCAAAUCUCUCCAAACUCACUCAUCUUGAUUUGUCUGCCAAUUUUCUUAAAGGUCAGCUACCUCCUUCACUAGGAAAUCUCUCCAAACUCACUCAUCUUGAUUUGUCUGCCAAUUUUCUUAAAGGUCAGCUACCUUCUGAAUUGUGGUUGCUAAAAAAUCUCACUUUCUUAGAUCUAUCUUACAAUAGAUUCAAAGGUCAGAUACCUUCUUCACUAGGAAAUCUAAAACAAUUAGAGAACCUAGACAUCUCUGACAACUACAUUGAAGGUCAUAUUCCUUUUGAGUUGGGCUUCCUCAAAAAUCUUUCUACACUAGGUCUAUCUAACAAUAUAUUCAAAGGUGAGAUACCUUCUUCAUUGGGAAAUCUCAAACAGUUACAACAUCUAAACAUCUCUCACAACCAUGUUCAAGGUUUCAUUCCUUUUGAGUUGGUGUUCCUGAAAAAUAUCAUUACAUUUGAUCUAUCUCACAAUAGACUCACUGACCUUGAUUUGUCUAGCAAUUAUCUUAAAGGUCCAGUAGGAAAUCUCAACCAGUUACAACUACUAAACAUCUCUCACAACAACAUUCAAGGUUCCAUUCCUCUUGAGUUGGGGUUCCUCAGAAAUAUCAUCACAUUAGAUCUAUCUCACAAUAGACUCAAUGGAAACUUGCCUAAUUUUCUUACAAAUCUUACACAAUUAGAUUACCUUGACAUCUCAUAUAAUUUACUCAUAGGUACGCUUCCUUCCAAAUUUUUUCCAUUUAAUGAUAAUUUAUUUUUCAUGGACCUCAGUCACAACCUCAUUAGCGGUCAAAUCCCUUCUCAUAUUCGAGGUUUUCACGAACUUAAUUUAAGCAAUAAUAAUCUCACUGGAACAAUUCCCCAAUCUCUCUGUAAUGUCUAUUAUGUGGACAUUUCAUACAAUUGUUUGGAGGGUCCCAUUCCAAAUUGUCUUCAGGUUUAUACAAAGAAUAAGGGAAAUAAUAAUCUCAAUGGAGCAAUUCCCCAAUCUCUUUGUAAUCUCUCUGUAAUGUCUUUUCACCAAUUCCAUCCUUGGCCAACACACAAGAAAAAUAAAAAAUUAAAGCACAUUGUCAUCAUUGUUCUUCCGAUCCUUAUUGCUCUAAUCCUAGUCUUCUCACUUCUCAUAUGCUUGUAUCGUCAUCAUAAUUCUACUAAGAAAUCGCAAGGAAACUCAACAAAAACAAAGAAUGGAGAUAUGUUUUGUAUAUGGAAUUUUGAUGGGAAGAUAGCAUAUGAUGACAUCAUCAAAGCAACAGAAGACUUUGACAUGAGAUAUUGCAUUGGAACAGGAGCAUAUGGAAGUGUUUACAAGGCACAAUUACCAAGUGGCAAGGUUGUUGCCUUAAAGAAACUUCACCGCUAUGAAGCAGAGGUUCCAUCUUUUGAUGAUAGUUUCAGAAAUGAAGUGAGAAUAUUAUCAGAAAUAAAGCACCGACAUAUUGUGAAGCUUUAUGGAUUCUGCUUGCACAAAAGAAUCAUGUUUUUGAUCUAUCAAUACAUGGAGAAAGGAAGCUUGUUCUCUGUCUUGUAUGAUGAUGUAAAAGUCGUGGAAUUCAAGUGGAGGAAAAGGGUUAACACUAUUAAAGGAGUUGCAUUUGCUUUUUCAUAUCUUCAUCAUGAUUGCACUGCUCCAAUAGUGCAUCGAGAUGUAUCUACUAGCAAUAUCUUGCUAAACUCUGAGUGGCAGGCCAGUGUUUGUGACUUCGGCAUAGCUCGGCUCCUUCAAUAUGAUUCAUCCAAUCGAACUAUAGUUGCUGGAACUAUUGGAUAUAUAGCUCCAGAACUUGCCUAUACUAUGGCUGUUAAUGAAAAGUGUGAUGUAUAUAGUUUUGGUGUAGUGGCACUUGAAACUUUAGUUGGAAGGCACCCUGGGGAUUUAUUGUCAUCACUUCAAUCAACAUCGACACAAAGUCUCAAACUAUGUCAAGUAUUAGACCACCGUCUUCCACUUCCAAAUAAUGACAUAGUUAUACGUGACAUAAUUCAUGCUGCCGUGGUAGCAUUUGCAUGCUUAAAUGUCAAUCCUCGUUCUCGACCAACAAUGAAAUGUGUGUCGCAAAGUUUUGUCACCGAGCUUCCACGAUUAAGUAUUCCUUUCAGUGAAAUUUCAGUGCAGCAACUAAUGAGUGAAGAACUUAAAGCAUUGUUUUGUAUUGCGAACCCUUGAAAGAAAACUUCAGAAUGAAUUAAGUUGAGUGUGUUAUUAUAAUAAUAAAGACAUUGCCUUUUUUUUCCCAAAAGUUGUUGAAAAAUGCUGUAAAACUUUGUUGUUGUGAUACAUCAAACAUAAGUAUAUAUGUAUUCACAUUUCUGUUUUUGUAUAAAAUUGAAUUACUUCUGUUUCAA